CUGGAUAAUCACAGAUGCUGUGUCUUGUCUUCAUGAAGUGAUGUCGUUGCCUACGGCGCUGCUCUUUUCUACCCCAGGGUAUCUCCCAACCACCCUGCCAAGGAGAGAGAUGACCGCGAUGGCUCAGCAGUACCCAGCGUGGGUCUUCAUCAAUGAGAGGACGCUCAUAACCAGGGAGCAACUUAAUUCUUUAUUGAAGACCUAUAACAUUUUUUAUGAGAGCCAGAAAAAUCUGCAUAUUUUAUAUGAUCAGACUGAAGAUGGCAAGCUAAUUGUUGAAGGAAUGUUGGACAUUUUCUGGGGAGUAAAGCGACCUAUACAGCUGAGAAUACAAGACCAGAAGCCAAUCCCUGCCUUCACUACUCUGAAGUCACCAGACUUCUUUUCCAGCAAAGGGAGAAUGACACGCUGGGGGGAGUUUGAUGAUCUUUAUCAUAUUGGUGAGCUGGACAGAGCCCAGAUUCCAGAGUCUGAAACAAAAAAUUCCCAAGAAGACUAUUUAUCUUAUCACGGCAGCACUCUGAAGCCACAUGCAAGUGACGAGCCAGGGUCCCCGCUGCUCUACAGAACCAUGAGUGAGGCCACACUGGUGAGAAAAAGGAUGAAGUCUCCAGUGAUGGACAGAAAGGACAGACAGAACCACAGGGCCUCUAUUAAUGGACACUUCUACAACCACGAAACAUCAAUUUUUACUCCCUCCUUUGGAUCAGAAACUAAGGUCAGAAUAAACAGUAACAUGAGAACUGAAGAAGUGAUAAAGCAGCUUCUCCAAAAAUUCAAGAUUGAAAACAGUCCCCAGGAUUUUGCUCUUUACCUUAUUUUUGCAACGGGAGAACAGAGACGGCUAAAAAGGACAGACAUCCCACUGCUGCAGAGGCUCCUGCAGGGACCAUCCAAAAACAACGCCCGCAUUUUCCUCAUGGAUAAAGAUGCAGAAGAAAUUAGCAGCGACGUGGCUCAGUAUAUUAACUUUCAUUUUUCCCUCUUGGAAUCCAUUCUUCAAAGAUUAAAUGAAGAAGAGAAAAGAGAGAUUCAAAGAACAGUAACAAAGUUCAAUACAGAAAAGGCUGUUAUACUGAAAUGUCUUCAGAGCAAACAGGCAGUGAAAACAGAAACUACAGUGUAGCAGUCAGGUUGCUAUGGCCACAACACUUCAACAGAGUUAGAUGUUACUGUGUGAUCAGUGCAUCAAUUCUGUACUUGCAUUCAUACAAAUAUUUAUGAACUUGGAUUGUAGAAAAUUGAAUGUCAGAAAAGCUUGUUUCUCUUGAAGUGCUGAGGCUAACUAGGGCUCACAGUUGGACUAAAAUGAGCUUGAAUUUAGUUUCAGUAACUGAAAUAAGCCUGGAUACUGUGUAUUCCAAAUUUCUUUUAUCAUAAAACAUGUAACGAACUCAAAUAUAAACGGUGUCUUCAAACACAUAGAUUAAAUAUCUUCUUUUCACUUGAACUCUCAAGAGAAUUGAAACAUCAUCACCGGACUGAGAAAUUACUCAGAAGUAAAAGUUGCAAGUUCUUGAAAUAAAGAAGUGCAUUUUUACACUGUCAAGGAAUCUGGUGGUGACAGUGUUUCACAACCCCUUGAAAGCUCUGUCAUUUUCACAACAUCGAGGGCUAUCUUUAUGUGGGUAGGUGACUCCUGGCUGUCUGUAAUAUCAGAGCUACCUGUCUGUUGGGGAGGAAAAGAUUAAGAACUCUUAAAAAUUCCAAUUGCAUUUUCUCAACCUGGGUCCUUCUUUUUGUUUCUUUCUCUUUUCUAUUUAUGACUUCCCGAACUAUUCUUCAGAUUUUUCAAAAUAGUUGAACUCUUUUUCUUUUUUUAUUUUUCCAAACAACCACAGAUAGUUAAUACGCUGCAUCAGCUAAAACAAAACUUGGUCCACAAAUCCCUAUUUGUUGCUAAAUGAAUACAGUGGAUAAAGCAAAGCUGUUGUAGCUGAAGCCAGGCAGAGAAUCUGGAGCCUGACCUUCCUGGCACCUUUCUUAUCCUACGAGACAUCUCCCCAGGUCUUUAGAGGGUCUGCUUAACCCAUUUGGAAAGAAUGCUGAGAAUGAAGAAAUGCCACAAGUAUUGUCUAUGAUUUUAUUAUGAAAUCUCUAUUAAAAUGGAGUUUUAUGUAGCAUUCUUCCAUUCUCUAAACGAAUUAUAUUUGCAUUCCUAAUAAGCGUUUUAUUAAAUUAAGU